UCGCGGGAAGGUUCAGGACCAUGCUUGGAAGAGAAGGAGGAGUGGUUUUUCAUUCAAAGUAAUUUCGUAAACAUUACAACGUCUUCGUUCAGAUAUUUUGACGUUUUAUCAACGUUUUAGACGUGUUUUGAUUGUUUUUAUGUAGUUUACUAUGUUUUUUGGAUCGCAGCUGACUUUUUACAUUUCGCAGUCUUUGAGGUGAACUACACCGCAGCCAUUUGCUGGAGUUGUCGUUGACCAACAGUGGUUAGCUUACUAGCUAACAAUUCGCUUCGUAUCGUGAAGUCAACUUUACUCAAGCAGGAGCUUGUCUGUGGAUUUAAACAACUUUCGGAUAUUUACAUGGACUCGUAUCUGUUUCAAGGAUAUCUCAUUUGAUGUAACUUUCAAAGACGUUGGACUACUUCAUCCAGAAGAGUUUUGUGAUUGUGACUUUGAGAUAUCGUUAGGUUUAUGUUAUGAUUCAGCCAGACAAAUUAUUUGCUAACGUGGAUUGCUCGGUAUGUUUUGCUCCCUCGUCGGUAGCUAGCUAGAUGGACGGCUAGCCAACGUUUCUGAUCAGCAUCAGUUUUUCUUUUGACUUCAACUUAUUUAUUUAACCUCUGCUUUAGGACAACCGUUUAUUUCUAAAGACUAUACGCUCUUGUUUGAGCGAGACAUGGAGGGGAAAAUCAGUUUCAGCUGUAGGAGACUUGAGAAGGGUGUUCAUGGCAACGUUGUUACGUCGCCCAGCCUGCGGCCUAACGUUAUUCGGCAAAAACUGAACUUUUCUCCGAGCGACGGAGAGGAAGAUUGCAUAGAAGAUGCCAACAACAGCACGGGAGCCGAAUCAGGCUUUACGGAAUUGGAUUCCCCACUGCCACUUCGACGGAAUGGAGCCGACCAGAGACAUGAUUCAAACAGCAGCCCUCGGACAGCGGACGACGACGACAUCGAGUCGUGGGAUGAAGAGGGCUUCGGGUCCCCCUCUCACUUGAAAAGUAUUUUCAUGAACAAUUCGCCUUCUCCACGGAAAGGGUCACGGAAUUACGAUAGUUCACCAGAUAGGACAUUUGUUCACGACGACGGAGAGGGUUCCAGCUCACCUAUUCCAGACUGUCCCGAUACACCUCCACAUAAAACAUUUCGGAAACUUCGGCUUUUCGAUACGCCUCAUACGCCUAAGAGCUUGCUGUGCAAAGCCAGGACAAGUGCAUCAAGUAGCAGGCGAGUAGCUCUCUUCAGGGAUGUGGAUUCAGCCAGUAAAUCGAGUUUGGAUGGCCGGAAAAACCAGACGCCCCUGGUCAACAUCAAUCCCUUCACACCUGAUUCCAUCCUGGGCCAGUCAUCAACCUUUCAGAGGAACACUAGAAAACGCUCACAUUGGAAUGACUCCUGUGGAGAGGACAUGGAUGCAAGUGAUGCGGAACUUGAGGAUGAAAUUGUUCCCCCAUCAAAGAGAAUCAGCAUGAUGGAGAGCAACAUGAUGUCCAGAUACAUGUCAGAAUUCCACGAGCUGGAGAAGAUUGGCUGUGGGGAGUUUGGAUCUGUGUUCAAAUGCGUCAAAAGGCUCGACGGUUGCAUCUACGCCAUCAAGCGCUCCAAGAAGCCCCUGGCAGGAUCUGUGGACGAGCAGAAUGCGCUGCGAGAGGUGUAUGCCCAUGCAGUGCUGGGUCAGCACCCGCACGUGGUGCGCUACUACUCCGCCUGGGCCGAGGACGACCACAUGCUCAUCCAGAACGAGUACUGCAACGGCGGCACGCUCUCCGACGUCAUCGCCGAGAACUACCGCAAGCUGAGCUUCCUGUCGGAGAUGGGGCUGAAGGAGCUGCUGCUGCAGGUGUCCCGCGGCCUCAAGUACAUCCACUCCACCGCGCUCGUGCACAUGGACAUCAAGCCCAGUAACAUCUUCAUCUCCCGUAAGACUGUUGUGGAUGAUUGUGAAGACGAGGAAGAUGGUCCGACAACAAGCGUGAUCUAUAAAAUAGGUGAUCUGGGCCAUGUGACUCGAGUGACCAAUCCCCAGGUUGAAGAGGGGGACAGUCGGUUCCUAGCCAAUGAGGUGCUUCAAGAGGACUACAGUAACUUGACGAAAGCAGACAUCUUUGCGCUGGCUCUGACGGUGCUCAGUGCUGCAGGGGCCGACCCGCUGCCCACUAACGGAGAAAAGUGGCACGAGAUCCGCCAGGGCAAGCUGCCCCCCAUCCCACAAGUGCUCUCACAAGAGUUCUUAAGCCUUCUGAGGCUGAUGAUCCACCCGGACCCCACGCGCCGCCCGUCGUCCUCGGCGCUGAUCCGGCACCCGGCGCUGCUCACCGCCGCACGCAUGAGCGCCGACCAGCUGCGCGUCGAGCUCAACGCCGAGAAGUUCAAGAACGCACUGCUGCAGAAGGAGCUGAAGAAGGCCCAGCAGGCCAAAGCGGCUGCUGAGGAGAAGGUUCUGACCACCGACCGGGUUCUGACCCGGUCCACACUGCAGGGUGGGGGGCGAGCCUCGCGCCUCAUCGGCAAGAAGAUGAACCGCUCGCUAAGCCUGACCAUCUACUGAAGCACACUUUCCCUCACAAACACACAACCCUGUAGAAAACCAAUGGUGCUAGACAACAUACUUCCAGCAGACUCUCUGACUUGAACGUCAGGGCUUUUACACUUUGGACCACACUCACACUCAGUACAAAGACUUUUUGAUUUAGGUUUUUUUUUUCCCUUCCAAAAAUCUACGUCCGUGCUUUUGAAACUUUUGAAAGGUGGAAAUCACACGUGAUGCAGGUUCAAUGUUACUGAAAGUAGACGCUAGUGCUUUGUAGGCUCGUUGCUGAGAGCUUACACUUGCAAAUGUCUCACACUUCCACUAGGUACCGUAGCUCUGCUGUUCUCCUUGUUUUAUUUCCCCCUCUGAGUGAAGGCCCGCCCUUCUGAGUUCUGCAGGAAAAUUCCAUUGCAAAGAAAGGUCUGCACGCUCUCUCCUGCACUUCCUGUCCCAGCCUGCGGUGGCGCUCUUGCGCAGAGACCCAACUCACAAUGCUAAGACUGGGUGAAUGUACCAGACUAGAUGCGUGCACCUUACUGCCUGUGAAAGAAUUGCCCGAUGUUGGGCAAAAAGAGAAAAAAAAACGUGGUGCCCCGGGCGGUAAUUGCCAUGGAAAUGAGCACUUUUGGGCAAUAGUGAGGCAGAGGGCUCGCCACAGAAAAGAAGAUGAAAAAGAAAACCUGCUGCUAUUCAUGUUUGUUAUGAAUCAGGGUUGGGAGAAUUAAAAACAAAAUUUUGCCAUUUUCUUUAAUCAUUGGUUUUACAAUAUGUUUAGGCAAAGCAAUUGUUCUUUCAGUAAUUAAUGUGCCAUGAUUUACAUGCAUAGAAUGUUCCUUCAAUUUGGCUCUCCGUGUACAAUUAGAAAUACUGGAAGGCUCAGAAAAUCAUGCAUGUGGUUAAAUAUUAAUACAUAAAUGAAUGCCCAUUACACUGUUAUACUGUUCAUGGUUAAAACUGGAACAGUAUCCCAAAUCCCAUAUCUCCAGCCCUGAAGGUAGCAUUAAAGCAAUCAUUGUCCUGUUCUUUGGAUUCCUUUACCAUUGAGUGAUAGAUGUAUGUUGACUGUUAUUUGUGUCUGGACAUGCUACACCUUUAUUAAGGUGUAAUAUGUAUCAUCUCUGCUAAAAAAAAUAAUAACCUUUCACUUGUAAAUAAGUUCACAUAAUAAAUUCUCACCAUUAAUUAA